ACACUUCCGUCUGGGGUAGAAUAUUUUCUGGAACGGUUGUCGGUUCUUGAGAUGAUACUACCACUGAAUGCCUCCGUUUCAUUGUCUGGCCAGACCUAUACGUGUGGAUAUCCAUAAGGUUCCGGCCAUAGCUUUGCAGGUCACGCAGGGCAUGGAGCUGGACAACUAUGAACAGCCCGUGGUUCUGAGAGAGGACAACCGCCGCCGGCGCCGGAGGAUGAAGCCGCGCAGCACCACGGCCAGCCUGUCCUCCAUGGAGCUCAUCCCCAUCGAGUUCGUGCUGCCCACCAGCCAGCGCAACAGCAAGACCCCCGAGACGGCGCUGCUGCACGUGGCCGGCCACGGCAACGUGGAGCAGAUGAAGGCCCAGGUGUGGCUGCGCGCGCUGGAGACUAGCGUGGCGACCGACUUCUACCGCCGGCUCGGCCCGGACCACUUCCUCCUGCUCUACCAGAAGAAGGGCCAGUGGUAUGAGAUCUACGACAAGUACCAGGUGGUGCAGACCCUGGACUGCCUGCGCUACUGGCAGGUGCUGCACAGGAGCCCGGGCCAGAUCCACGUGGUGCAGCGGCGCGCGCCCUCGGACGAGACGCUGGCCUUCCAGCGGCAGCUCAGCCUGAUCGGCUACGACGUCACCGACGUCAGCAACGUGCACGAUAACGAGCUCGAGUUCACGCGCCGCCGCCUGGUCACCCCGCGCUCAUGGUCGAGGUGGCCGGCCGCGGACCCUAAGCUCUACGCCAUGCACCCUUGGGUGACAUCGAAGCCCCUCCCGGAGUAUCUGUUGAAGAAGAUCACCAACAACUGCAUCUUCAUCGUCAUUCACCGCAGCACCACCAGCCAGACCAUCAAGGUCUCGGCCGAUGACACCCCAGGCGCCAUCCUCCAGAGCUUCUUCACCAAGAUGGCCAAGAAGAAGUCUCUGAUGGAUAUCCCCGAAAGCCAGAGCGAACAGGAUUUUGUGCUGCGCGUCUGCGGCCGGGAUGAGUACCUAGUGGGUGAAACGCCCAUCAAAAACUUUCAGUGGGUGAGGCAAUGCCUCAAGAAUGGAGAAGAGAUUCACCUGGUGCUUGACACGCCUCCAGACCCAGCCCUGGACGAGGUGAGGAAAGAAGAGUGGCCACUGGUGGAUGACUGCACGGGAGUCACUGGCUACCAUGAGCAGCUGACCAUCCACGGGAAGGACCACGAGAGUGUGUUCACCGUGUCCCUGUGGGACUGUGACCGGAAGUUCAGGGUCAAAAUCAGAGGCAUUGAUAUCCCCGUCCUGCCCCGGAAUGCUGACCUCACAGUUUUUGUGGAGGCAAACAUCCAGCAUGGGCAGCAAGUCCUUUGCCAAAGGAGAACCAGCCCCAAACCCUUCACAGAGGAGGUGCUCUGGAAUGUGUGGCUCGAGUUCAGUAUCAAAAUAAAAGACUUACCCAGAGGGGCUCUACUCAACCUCCAGAUCUACUGCAGCAAAGCUCCGUUGCUGGCUGGCAAGCCUCUGCAGAGACUCCCCAGUUCCGAGUCUAAAGGCAAAACUCAGCUCCUCUAUUACGUGAACCUGCUGCUGAUAGACCACCGAUUCCUCCUGCGCCACGGGGAGUAUGUGCUCCACAUGUGGCAGAUAUCUGGAAAGGGAGAAGACCAAGGGAGCUUCAAUGCUGACAAGCUCACGUCUGCGACGAACCCAACAAGGAGGAACUCAAUGUCCAUCUCCAUUCUUCUGGACAAUUACUGUCACCCAAUAGCCUUGCCUAAGCAUCGCCCCACCCCUGACCCCCGAAGGGACCGGGUUCGAGCAGAAAUGCCCAACCAGCUUCGGAAGCAACUGGAAGCAAUCAUAGCCACUGAUCCACUUAACCCUCUCACAGCAGAGGACAAAGAAUUGCUCUGGCAUUUUAGAUAUGAAAGCCUUAAGCAUCCAAAGGCAUAUCCUAAGCUGUUUAGCUCCGUAAAAUGGGGACAGCAAGAAAUUGUAGCCAAAACGUACCAAUUGUUAGCCAGACGGGAGGUCUGGGAUCAAAGUGCUUUGGAUGUGGGGUUAACAAUGCAACUCCGGGACUGCAACUUUUCGGAUGAAAAUGUAAGAGCCAUUGCAGUGCAGAAACUGGAGAGCUUGGAGGACGAUGAUGUUCUGCACCUCCUCCAGCUGGUCCAGGCUGUGAAAUUUGAACCCUAUCAUGACAGCGCCCCUCGCCAGUUUCUGCUGAAGCGUGGCUUACGAAAUUGUCACUUCUUGUUUUGGUUUUUGAGAAGCGAGAUAGCACAGUCCACCUACCAGCAGAGGUUUGCAGUGAUCCUAGAAGCCUACCUGAUGGGCUGUGGCACAGCAUGCUGCAUGACUUCACCGACCAAGUGCAAGUGGAUCGAGAUGCUACAGAAGGUCACCCUUGAUAAAUCACUCUCUGCUGAAAAGUAUGAUGUCACGUUCCCAAGGUAUGUUAUUUCACAACUUAAGCAAAAACUUGAAAACCUGCAGAAUUCGAAUCUCCAAAGCUUUAGAGUCCCAUAUGAUCCUGGACUGAAGGCCGGAGCACUAGUGAUUGAAAAAUGUAAAGUGAUGGCCUCCAAGAAAAAGCCCCUAUGGCUUGAGUUUAAAUGUGCCGACCCUACAGCCCUAUCAAAUGAAACGAUUGGCAUUAUCUUUAAACAUGGUGAUGAUCUGCGCCAAGACAUGCUGAUUUUACAGAUUCUACGAAUCAUGGAAUCCAUUUGGGAGACUGAAUCUCUGGAUCUGUGCCUCCUGCCAUAUGGUUGCAUUUCAACUGGUGACAAAAUAGGAAUGAUCGAGAUCGUGAAAGAGGCCACGACAAUUGCCAAAAUUCAGCAAAGCACCGUGGGCAACACGGGCGCGUUUAAAGAUGAAGUCCUGAAUCACUGGCUCAAAGAGAAAUGCCCUAUUGAAGAAAAGUUUCAGGCAGCAGUGGAGAGAUUUGUUUAUUCCUGUGCUGGCUACUGUGUGGCUACCUUUGUUCUUGGAAUAGGCGACAGGCACAACGACAAUAUUAUGAUCACAGAGACAGGAAAUCUAUUUCAUAUUGACUUUGGACACAUUCUUGGGAAUUACAAAAGUUUUCUGGGCAUCAAUAAAGAGAGAGUGCCAUUUGUGCUAACCCCAGACUUCCUGUUUGUGAUGGGAACUUCUGGAAAGAAGACAAGCCUGCACUUCCAGAAAUUUCAGGACGUCUGCGUUAAGGCUUACCUCGCCCUUCGUCAUCACACAAACCUGCUGAUCAUCCUCUUCUCCAUGAUGCUGAUGACAGGAAUGCCCCAGUUAACAAGCAAAGAAGAUAUUGAAUAUAUUCGGGAUGCCCUAACAGUGGGGAAAAGUGAGGAGGAUGCUAAGAAGUAUUUUCUUGAUCAGAUCGAAGUGUGUAGAGACAAAGGAUGGACCGUGCAGUUUAACUGGUUCCUGCAUCUUGUUCUGGGCAUCAAACAAGGGGAGAAACAUUCAGCCUAAUUCUUUGGGCUAGAAUUAAAAACAAGUGAGUGUUCUAAAGCUUUAAGUCAGCAUGUCCAUCAUUGAACUUGGACUGAUGGACAGGACAUUAUGAAAGCUGGCACUUCAGAAAUGCAGCUCUGUUGCUGGUUGAACCCUUUACUGGAGAAAAACACUGGCAUGUCGGUUUGUUUAAAUAAUGUUCAGUUUUAGGCUUGUAUGCAGGUUUGUUUUUCCUCAUUUGCUUCAGUGAUGUUGGAGAACAUUCUAAGUUUAAACAAACUAUUUCUUCAUUGUGCCUGCUGGUUUGACUGUCUUAUUAUCAAGUGCCUCUGGAAAUUGGGAAUAAUUGGUGACAUCUCUUUUCAUCUGCGUAUACUCUCAAUUUGGGUCAUUCUUGUGCUCCUCAACCUCUUUAGAGAAAAAGACGUAAUCGUAACCUCUGUCUCAUUCCCUAAAGGACACUUCCAAACAUCCCCCUCCAUGUCUGUAGAUGAUAGCGAUUUGCUAAAAGCAAAGGAAGGCGAGUUGGUCUUUUCAGUGUCUUUUGUAAUUAGGUUCUUGUACAGUGUACAGCUGAGAUGCACAAACAUACAAUGGAAAAUCUGAACCUUUGUGCCCUGGCACUUCUCUGCUGGUCUGCUUCAGGGUUACGAAGAGGAAGAACAGAGAGGAGACCAUUCAUCUUAACUUGGCCCAAGAGCAGAUUGCCAAUUCCAGCUACUACAGCCUUCUCCAGCAUGGAAACAGGAAGAAACUAAAGGGACUCAUUUUUCACCUUUACAUCCUCCUCCCUGCCUCCUUUCUUCCUUAACUGUUACCCUCCCACAACUCUUUACCCAAGUUGUGAAGUCCUCAAGAAUGCAUCUACCCUAGAAUUCAAAACUUAGUUGAAAAGCAAUUUCUCCCCUAGGGUUACUGGAAUUUUAUGUACUUAUUUGUAAAAAUGUUUGGUGGAGUUUUUUUUUUAAGUAUAUUAUUAAAGAGGACAUUCUAGGAAAUGU